AUGCUGCCCAUCACGGACCACCUGCUGCACCUCCUGGGGCUCAAGAAGACAACAUUCCGCCUGUAUGCUUUGUCUGUGAUCCUCCUCUCCCUGCUCUUCUUCCUCUGCCGCCUGCUGCUGCAGUUCCUGCGCCUCUGCCGGCACUUCUACAUCACCUGCCGCCGCCUGCGCUGCUUCCCCCAGCCGGCACCGUGCAACUGGCUGCUGGGCCACCUGGGCAUGUACCUUCCAAACGAGGCAGGCCUCCGAAACGAGACAAAGGUGCUGGACCGCAUGCACCACACGAUCCUCGUGUGGGUCGGACCCUUCCUGCCGCUGGUGGUGCUGGUGCACCCUGACUAUAUCAAGCCUCUGCUGGGUGCCUCAGCUGCUCUGCAGGAGAAAGAUUUAUUUUUUUUUUUGUUACCAUGUGCCAGGAAGAUGAGUGAUUAUAUCUCGGCCAUCAUUGAGCUAAGUGCCCUGGUGGUUCGGCGCCAGUAUCGCCUGCACCACUACUUCGACUUCAUCUACUACCUCACAGAAGACGGGCGGCGUUUCCGGAAGGCUUGUGACACUGUGCACCACUUCACCACCGAGGUCAUCCAGGAGCGGCGGCAGGCACUGCGUGAGCAGGGGGCCGAGGCCUGGCUGAAGGCCAAGCAGGGCAAGACCUUGGACUUCAUUGAUGUGCUACUCUUGGCCAAGGAUGAAGAUGGGAAAGAGCUGUCCAAUGAAGACAUCCGAGCUGAGGCUGACACCUUCAUGUUUGAGGGUCAUGACACAACCUCCAGUGGGCUCUCGUGGGUGCUAUUCAACUUGGCAAAGUACCCGGAAUACCAGGAGAAGUGCCGGGAGGAGAUUCAGGAUGUGCUGAGAGGCCGGGAGCUGGAUGAACUGGAGUGGGAUGACCUGACCCAGCUGCCCUUCAUUACUAUGUGCAUCAAGGAGAGUCUACGCCAGUUCCCACCUGUGACCCUCAUCUCACGCCGCUGCACAGAGGAUGUCAAGCUCCCAGACGGGCGUAUCAUCCCAAAAGGAAUCAUCUGCCUGGUGAGCAUCUAUGGGACCCACCACAACCCCUCAGUGUGGCCAGAUGCCAAGGUGUACAACCCCUACCGCUUUGAUCCCGAUAACCCGCAGCAGCGCUCACCAUUGGCGUACGUGCCCUUCUCAGCCGGACCCAGGAACUGCAUCGGACAGAGCUUCGCCAUGGCUGAGAUGCGUGUGGUGGUAGCGCUGACGCUGCUGCGUUUCCGCCUGAGCGUGGACCGAACUCGCAAGGUGCGGCGGAAGCCCGAGCUCAUCUUGCGCACCGAGAGUGGCAUCUGGCUGAACGUGGAGCCACUACCUCCACGGGCCUGA